UGUUGUCGGUCGUUGUCUAUUACGCGUUGUGCUAGUUGUGAGAGAUAAAGAAUUGUGCGAGACGCGAGAUAGCAGGAUUGCGACAAUAUGAUGCAAUUUAUGUUAUUGUUCAGUCGACAAGGGAAGCUUCGUCUACAAAAGUGGUAUGUCGCGCAUCCAGAUAAGUUGAAAAAGAAAAUCACGCGUGAACUGAUUACCACGAUACUCGCACGAAAACCGAAAAUGUCGAGUUUCUUAGAAUGGAAGGAUGUUAAGGUUGUUUACAAAAGAUACGCAAGUUUAUACUUUUGCUGCGCAAUUGAGCAGAAUGACAAUGAAUUACUGACAUUAGAGAUUAUACAUCGAUACGUUGAAUUAUUGGAUAAGUAUUUUGGUAGUGUAUGCGAGUUGGAUAUAAUUUUCAAUUUUGAAAAGGCAUAUUUUAUCUUAGACGAAUUGCUUGUUGGUGGAGAAAUUCAAGAAACUAGCAAAAAAAAUGUAUUGAAAGCCAUUGCUGCACAGGACCUAUUACAGGAGGUGCAUGUGAUGUUAACAGAAUGAUGAAAUAUUCUAAAAUCGAGAACAAAGAAACGUUACUAAUGAUUACAUUGCGGAUUUGCUUGAGACCAGCUUGCUCAGGUGUCGACGAUAGUCGUUGUGUAUGUAGAAACGUGGAUGCAGAAAGCAUGAAAGAUGUGAAGUAAAGAGAAAAAUUGCUGGGCAUGAUGGCUAUCAUCAGAAAUCGAGCAGUUAAAUCAAGUGAGCUAAUCCGCAAAUUGCUAUUAACUGCCAUAUAACUAUAUGUUUAUACGAAAGCAUGGCACCAAUGCACUUGUAUUAUUUUUAAUAAAGG